AAGACCGUGUGGCCCAAAAAUAAGGACAUGAAACCAUUACCCACCGAUGAGGAGAGCGACGGUGGAGUGAGCUUCCGUAGCAACAGCAACGGAGAUCCCAACUACGACAUUAAAAAGCUCAUUGAUUGGGAAGGAAAUUGGCUCCCUGCACCUGUUGAGUGGGAUGGCAGGAAAGUCUUCCAUAAUCGGCAUCUUGGGGAUCAUAUUGAAGCUUGGAUCAAUCGCUCUGAUGACAGAACAUGUUACAUGGCCAUGGAUAUCACUCCGGAGUUCACAGCUGAAAAGAACGGGGAGUUGGUUCCGCGAUCAUGGGUUCCAGUCAAGAUAGAGGACGACGCACCACAGCAUUUUUGGCGUGCAUUGCCAACUCGUGCCCCUCCACCUUUGAGUGAUAUUGAGCUUGCCGAGAACCCAUGGUGGGAGUCAUACCAAGAGGGAACUGCCUCCCUGCUCAACCCCCUUACGGUACCAGAGGCCAAAGUGGACCCGACAGUUGAUGACAACCAGCUUCCUGGUAUGAUGGUCAGCUCAGAAGAAGCAGUGAAGAGGAGGAAUUUUGCACAAGCAGAGAGGGUCCGCAAGCUAUUAGCGAAGCGUAACCGAUCGUACAAGGAGGUCAGCAGUGCAAUCCAGUCAGCCCUAACUAAUCUUCCAGACCGAGCCCUGAAGCCAACAGCAAACAUUUACAUUCGACCAGUCUUUCCAGCUGAUAUCAGGCAAAUCACUGACAUCUAUAACUACUACGUGAAGCAAACCAUCCGCGCAAACGAGUUCAAUGAGCGACAACAGUCUCAGAUGGCUCAUCGUAUCGAGGACAUCACCACGCGUAACCUGCCAUGGAUCGUAGCUGUUAACCGAGGUGACAACCCCAAAGGGCGGUCGUCGCAAUAUGUCAACGAAAAGAUUGUUGGAUUUGCCAACAUCGACGACUACUGCGACCAAGGCAGUAUGUACCGCUUCACUUUCGAGCUGGAACUGUACGUUCAUUCCGCCUACCAGAGCCAGGGCAUCGGAAAGUGUCUUCUCGAUCGCAUGAUCUCCAUAGCCGACACAAGCUACAACCCAAAAGGUGGGUAUGAAUGGAUCGCUCGAGGGGAUUAUUUGAGGAAUGGAUGUGGCCGGGUUGUCAAGACGAUUAUAGCCACAGUCCCGCAUGAGCCCGACACUGGGGAAAUCAACCGCGUCAGUUCGUUGUUGAAGCUCUAUAACUUCCGCAAGUGCGGUCAUCUGUAUCAAAUGGGAUUCAAGUAUGGGAAAAAGGUCGACGUCUCCAUCUUCCAGUAUAUCACCACCGAGACAAUCGAGGCGAACCUCAAGCCCACGACACCUCUUUAA